GAGGACGAGCAUGAGAAUAUUGAUGCUUCUACUCAACGAUCCCAACGUGAAAGUAAGUGAAAGAGGGAAUCAAGAAGGACAUAAACACAAAGCGCAAAUAAACAGACUUAAUAAAACAUUAGUGUAGUUGUGUUACUAAGUCAACAUGCAUUCAUUUCGUUUCUUCAAAGUUUCUUCCUUCUCCGAAGAAUAUUCAUCACACGAGAAACGAGGGCCACAUUGAGAGGGUGGUGAAAUUCAAGCUUACUUCUUUUUUUGGUGGUUGUUUAAUUGAAAAAUGUUCAUACUUGUGAAUCUUUCUUGCAUGUGUCUGAUUGUUUUACAGAGAUAGAGAAGGAUUUGGAUGAUGUUCUGCGUAAGGGUGAUUUCCAUGCGAUUGAUCAAAGAGUGACUCCAAAAACCCUGAAAGGGUGUAAAACUAACACCUUAAUCAAAUCUUUCCAGGUUGGUCUUGUAACUUUAUCUUUACCUAUUUUACCGGCAUAGUUUACUUAGGGCUGUAUCGCCAGACCAAGUGACAAAAGUGUUCCUUAUUUACUUUGAUUUUCGUUUCGUUUCUCCAUACGAUUAGCUCGUCAUGCGCAUACCACUCUCUCUACGAAUUAGCGUCAAAGUUACAACCAAUUGCUACUUGUUCACUGUCUGAGAGUGUACUUGUAAGUUUGAAGUAUCACUGGCUUGCAGUUAUAUCUUGUUUUCUUUCUUAUUGGUCAUCGAGGUUUCAGUGUACUAAUUUACAAAGGACAAUCGAAAAAACUCUCCUGCUAUGUUCAACACUGGAGGCUAACGAGAAAUCAGAAACAAUUUCUUUGAUUUUUUACGAGCCAUUUGAUAAAAAAGAUAACUUUAUUCCUUUUUAAACAUAGGUCAACAAAACACUGCGAGAUUUAGCGGAUGGUGCAAAUCCGGAGAAGUACGAUAUAAAAAAGCUUGAAAAAUCUAUUGACGAGUUCACAUCAGCCUUGAUAGAUCCCCUUAAAGCCGACGCCGAUACCAGAAAUACAUUUCAAAGUUGUUUUGAUGAUCUGGUGGACAAGGCAAUAGACACGAAGCAGAAGAAGGUACUACACGAGUGAUAAAAAGGUUUCCAAUCAAUACUUUAUGAUAUCCUUCAGCCCUAAAGUCGAUUUUAGUGGGAAUGCUGUCGCCCAUCUGAACACACAGGUGCCCUUACCUUUACGUAUUAUAAGGGUAAGAAAAGAAGAGAGACAACAAUGUUCCCAUCAAUAACCACCGGUGAGGAGGCUUUGUGGGAUAUUACAAAGGGGAAAAUAUAUAUUUUUUAAGAUUUAUGCACACAAUAUUACGGUAUACUUGAUGCCAAUUUAAUGUACAUGACGUCAUUCUUGUCUUUCCGCUGUAUGUACAAGGAAGCAAUUAAUCAAUUUCCAGUGAAAGAAAUUUAUAUUCUGGUGAAUUUACUGAAUGAUAUGAUGCCAAACUGAAUGAUUUAAAGACACUGAGCAUAUUCACAGCUCGGCGCCAUAGCCAAUCCGGUCAGAAAUUAGUUUCCAACUUGAACUGUAUUAGUUAUUUCUAAGAAAUCUUUUUUACACCCUUGCUUUAGCAGUUCUAUUCUGUUGUAGAUCACAGAUGACGUCAAAAUGUGGCAAGAGCAAAAAAGUCGCUGAUGACGCGCGUUCGAGUGUAUCACUGAUAUGUCGCUGGAAUUGUUUUGAUUUAAAUGAAGCCAAAGUAAUAAGCAAGAACCAGUCCAAAUUCAGCUUAUUGCGUAAUGAAGAAAUGUAAAAUGGUUUCCGUGUUUACAUAGCUUGAUGUAAACACGCGGGAGGUUGGGAAAACACGAGAUAAGCGUAGGAAACCACGACGCGAAGCGGAGUGGUUUCCAGCUAAACUAAUGAAAGAGGAACGAAAACCGUGUUUACAUACGCUCGUGUAAAAUGGUUUUAUGGCCAAUCAGAGCGCGCGUACUAUUUGAAUUAUUUUAUAAAAUAAUGUAUCGACGAAUUUUUCGUAGUUCAUCUCUCACCCAGUGGUGUAUAACUUGCUCAACUCCAGAUGGUACCGCUCCUUUUUUCAAGUAAGAAAAGAAUCAUGGCGGACACCUCAACGCUGGGGAUACUUUUUUCUCAACCUCUGGACAGUGUUUGACAUCGUCUUUUUUCCCUUUCUCUUUGCCAUUUUCUUCGUCGUGCAUUUGAUAAAACAGGCCUUGAGGAGGAAAAGAGGUUUGUAAUAUCGUUUUUCUAGCAUUACAUUGUAAUACGUUUUUAGCAAGCUCUAAAGUAUUCAAAAGGUUUGGGCCUUGAGGGGGGGUGAGGCGCGAAGGGUGAUGGCUUUUCUUUUUAUUCUUAACUCCAUGAAACUGAGUUACCAUGCAAGCUGAGUCCUCUCAACUGAAACAAUAUAGGAGUCCUUGCUAAAACUAUGCGCAAAGUGCGGGUCACGCAUUUCUUCCAUGGCGCGUGAAACGCGCUUCGUGCUUGCCCCGUGUUUGCCUCCAUUCGCCUGGAAAACGCCAAAAAACUCCGCCUGUUCUGCAGGCUACAUCGUUCAAGGAGCGUUUACAGGUCUGGUAUUUAUUCUCACUAUUCUUAAGAUUGGUUUAGAUCGCUAUAUUCAAGUUUUGAGAUUAGAUACAAGCAGCUACUGGGGAGUUGUUGAGGUGCUCUGUAUCAAUUGUUGUAUGUUUCCUUUAUUGAUCAGUGGUUUAAUCGCUUAGCUUCUAAUGCUUUCCUUGAUGAUUUUUUAGAAACUGAAAUAUGUUUUGUUUUGACGCCGGGCAAAGAUACCUCAGAAUUUAAUCUAAUUAAAAGGACGAUAAACUACAUUGUUGGUGAAUAUGGCUGCCUCUCUGCCAAAUACUGUGUUGUUUUACAUGAAGACCACAAAAUUAUCGGUAACAUCAACUUUAAAGAGAGGUACACUACUGAGGCUGCACUUCGAGCAAGGAUUGACCAGUUACAGCGGCCAAACUCAACCAGUUCACUCGGUGAAGAUCUUAUCGCCACCCGAAGUGCAUUCACAAACCAAACACAUAGGGAAGAAGCCAAAAAGGUGAGGAAUACUUGCGAACAACCGUUUUCUUGAGUGCUGUCGAGUUUUGUCUCUUAACUUGUUCCCAUGGGCUCAUUUUGCAGUCAUGGGCUGUUAUCAGGCCUUGGUUAGUUAUACUUACAAUUCGAUACAAUUCAUAUUCAAUGUUGAUUGAUUUUGACGACCGCACGCUACAGUUGAAAUAUCUUUAACACAUAAACACAAAUCAUAUUUUAGUUAGUGUCAAUCGAUUUAAUUUCAACUUUCUGCUAUCCAUUUCACUAUUUCCAUUAACUGACGCCUUCUCAGCCAAAGAGCAUGCUGACAUUUUUGCAUACAUAUUAAUGAUUUAGUUCUUUAUCGUAUCUGGUAUUGUAUGUACAUGACAGCUACAGUUAUCAGUUGUGUGAACAGAUUAAUUAAAUGGCGAGAUAAACAAAACCAUCAAUAACUUCUGCAAUAGAUCCCCGGCCAGUAGUUAAGAUACUUACAAGCGCAUCAGUAAUAUUUAAUGCAAAUCCAAUUAUUGUUUUCUUAAAAGUGUUUUUUUUUUCCAUUGAAAAAAUUCAAGCAGCUCCUUUAAUUUAUAAGAAGGCCAGUGUAUUUUCAAAAUUGAUAAGUUUGGGCUCAUAUUUGAUAAAACUUGUAACUUUGUUUUUGAGAAUCAAGGGGAAUAAAUAUCACAUUUUUUAAAUUUUAUUUCUACAUUAGGUGGUCGUGCUCUUUCUUAAUGACUCGAUACGCAAGGUUGAGGCUAACACCGAGAGACUACCGCCCUUACUAAAGAAGAUAGAGGAUAUGCAAGUUAACAUCGUUCCCGUCGGUAUCGGGGUGUGCGCAAAAUUAUCAGAAUUAAAUGAGAUGGCAACUAAAGAUGGCACAGCACGUCACUUUGGAGAAUACGAGUCACACGAGACGUUGGGGACAGCUAUCUUACAAGGUAACUUGGGGAGGUUUCAAAUUACGAUAUAAGAAAACCCUCCUUAGAAUGAUUAUUCUCCUUAUUGGUUUGGGGAAAAAAAGAAAGUAUUGCAUGCAGUUGUUACAAUUUUAACUGAGGAAGGUUUUAAAUGGUGGUAUAUUUUAUAAGCUUUAACUUUUCUCCCCACUUCGUAGAAGUGUGACUGGCUUUAUAAUCGAUAUGUUUUACUUUCUUACAGGUAUCGAAGGAAAGAACAUCUAUGGUGAGGACGGGUUAUUGUUGGUGGUUAGAAUUCCAAAGACCGUUGAACUUUUGAACAUUCUAAGCUAGCGUCUCAAUCAUUGUCCUACCCAGUAUAACUAUGAUUACUAUGAUGUCUUCCAGAGAAAUACAAGGAUUACUUUACGACUCCUUAUUUCAUCUUUUUCCGCGACUUGCUGAGCUAUCUCAUCCUCCUCGUUCUUCACUUCGCCAUUUGCCUUUCCCCUUCAACUGUUGCCUUCAGUCGACUAGAAUGGGUCAUUUUAGGUUUCUUCAUGGGACGUGUUUUGGUGGAGGUGGAUCAGUUUAUUGGUGCCAAGCUGUGGAGGAGGAGUAGACAUGGCUCCAGUUACCAAGUAGGUUCACAUGAGGGUGAACAAGAGAUAAAUGAGGCAGAAGAAGACAAUAUCUUGCCAAAGAAGCUUAGUAAUUAUUUCAGGUAUUUCAGGUUUUAUUGUCCGACUUCUAGUUUUUUAAUUCUGGAUUGUUAUUCGUAUGGGGCAUGAUUAGCUAAGAAGGAUAGGGAAAAAAAGUUAACGACUUGACGAAGGUAACAAAAUGAGUCACUGUUCUCUGCUUAGGUGCACUGGUCAUUUUUUUAGAGCUGCAUCAUCAAUCAUGAGCUGAAAUUGUUCACUGCGUAGGUUCAACAAUAGUAACCAGCGUUUAUUGUUUUGGUACACCAUUAAUUAGCUCGUACUCAUUGUAACAACAGAUAUUGUUACAUGUAAGUUCUGAUUUUCUUGCUUCGUAAUUAUGCAAAGUGUGUUCAUGGAUCACAUUAAAUAAAUAAUGGUCUUCUAGUACUGAUAUCUACUACUUUUAUAGUGACCGUUGGAAUGUGCUUGACUUCAUCAUUCUUGUUUUGUACCUGAUUACCUUCAUACUACGCAUAAUUACAUGGAGGAACUCCACGGACGUGUCAGACAACAGACUCUUGGCUGUGUCAGAGUGUUUCUAUGGAUUUAUCGCCAUGUUUCUCACACUGAGAACCCUGGUGGUCAAGUCAUAGAGGGCGUGCAGGGAAUGGGAGCAAUACAAAUCGCUUUGUUCUCUGUUAUCUGGAAUGUAAUGGCGAUAUUUUGGCAGUUUUUGGCCAUGAUUCUAGCAUUUUCUCUGGCUAUGACCAAGAUAUAUGUUGCCGAGAAGGCUUAUACCUUAGGAAAAGAUUCCGUGGAGGAUUUGUGAGUACACAUUGCAAUCCUUUGUUGGGCUUAUUCAUUUGUUACUCUUUUUUGUAGUGGGGUGGAAAAUCUUUCCUUUUACGUUAUGGAGGGGAACCUCAAGUAUGUCUAGGCAACUGACGUGGGAAAUAGUGGGCUAAAAGCUAAGCAAGUGAGAUUAAGUUUUUUGGAGGGGAAGCCAACAGAAGAGUAAAACUACUCAGUUCAGAAUGUCAAAUUUUGCAUGAAAGGCCGAUUUUUUACAGUCUUCAUGAAUGCUCAAGCAGGAAUUCUUAAAAAGAAGCCCCAAUAAAUAAGUCACUAGGUAGCACCACUACUACACAAAAGGUUUGAAAUGAAAUUAUGACAGCCUGAUACCCAUUAAUCAUUGCUGAAGUCGUAGUCAUAAAUUGUGGGGUCAGAGACUUGCUAUUAACUGACUUUUUGUGCUUUUGGAGGUACCCAUAUGUAUGGGCUCAGGAAUGUUGACAAUUUCUGCGGAACAGCACAACCUUGUAAAAUAAAAUUUUAGAUGGGGGUGGUGUUGAUGUAACUUUGACAAGUUCAUUUCCUCCUAUCAUUUUUAGGACAUGCAGUGAUUCCGGGCUAAUUUGGUAAGAGUAAAACUGUUGUUGUUGUUAAUUUUUCUACUCUAAUUUUAACUUUGUACUCUGAUGUCUGAAAUAAACAAUUUUACACAAAAUUUUUGCUAACCUUGAAUUUUGGGCUUUCAAUAUGCUGCGAUUAUUUAAAAAUUUUCAAGCGUGAAAUUCUACACCUAGGGGAUCGGAAAGGUGAACUAAGGUCUCCCGGGAGGAAAAAUAGUGGAAAAAAUCAUACUGAUGUGUUAAAAUGAGUACUGACGUUCAACCACGAGCUUUACCAGCCUCAUCAUGAAAAAUUUGCGGGGAAGACGCUCUUUCCUUUCAUGGCAGCAGAGUUACUUACUGCAAAAAGGCCAACCCAGCUCUUAGUUUACCUUCUUAAGAGGUACCUUACGGUUUAUCCAUCUGAGAAAAAUCUAGACUUCAUCGAUGAUAUUUCUUUUCUCUAGUGGGAUCCCUCAGGUUUAAGGAUAUCUAGUAAUAAUUUGGAUACCAACAUACAAAUGUGUUGAUGUUUGACUUAAUGGAGCUUACCAGGAAUCUUGAAAGCAAAUUUUUUUAAUCGAUGAUCCAUGUAGGAGUAGUGACACGAUGGCUUCCAGGUUACAGACGUUUAAAAACAUUUAUGACGAUCUCAAUUUCAAAAAUUGAAUGGUGUUUCGAUCUAAAAAUCGUUACUUAUGUUCUUCAGUUGGUGGAACAUGGCGACACACCUUGGUUGGUCUUUACUGGGUUUAGCUGACCUGGAUAGGUUGAACUCCGUCGACAAUCCAUCCGUUUAUCUUAUUCAUGUGCUGUACAGCUUCUUUUUAAUCAUGGCAGUUAUUCUUCUUGUAAACAUGAUGAUUGCGUUACUCUCCAAUACCUAUCAGCAGGUUCAGGUACUAAACGGUCUUUUUACCUUCGCUGAUGUAUAUUAAUUCUGUUCAUAAUCCAGAGUUAAGAAAAUAUGAGAAGUUCUCGACUGUAAACUUAAUAGGACUUUACUGCCGCAAGAUAUAAAAUACAUUUUUCGCAAAGUUCAGAAGAUUUCAUGAUCAUUUAUAAAUGUAUUUUUGGCCGACUGACGCUUUAGACGAAAAUGAUGGUGAAUAUUGUCCCUUUGGUAUGAUAUGUCAAAAUAUUCUUACGCUAUAGGAGUGUCGCCUGUUGUUUUUAUUAACUGGUACUUCCUUAGAGGCUGUUACUUCCCUCUCUAUUCCUCCUUUAUUAGGAUAAUUCGAUGCAGGAGUGGUCUUUCAAGAGAGCAAUUACUAUUAGGACUUACAGUACCUAUCAUCCGAUACCAGUGCCCUUCAACCUUUUGUCCGUCCCCCUGAUAGUACUCUGGAACCUCCGUCGGAAGUGUUCGUGUAAAACAUGGUGCGACACUCCUGCUUCGCUCGAGAGACGGGUAAGUUGGUAACGCCUUGCCAAUUAGUUUUGUGAGUUUUGACAAGCUGCUGUUGUUUAAAGUUUUCAUUUAGGUGUGCUCGGUGAUUUUACUUCACUUUCGACGUGGCCCUCUUUGAUUCGACAGAGAGAAGCUCUGAAUAAAGUGGUGAAGAAGCUAGAAAGGAUGUACUUCGAGAAAUACGGUUAUAAAUUUCCCCUCACAGGUGGGUGAUGUGCUAGAUUGGUAUAGAUAGCCCCAGAAAUCUAUGAUAUGGUCCUAAAAAAUAAUAUCGCGCAAAGAGAUGUUGUUCUACUAACCCUUGCUUUGUUAUUAUCAAAUGAACAUUUCUAAAGAACUUUAAACCAUUAGAGGUAAGAAUAAAACAAGAAAUAAAAAAUCAAAUAAUUCCAUUGAUGAUGGUUUAUUCAAAACGAGGCGUAUUGUAAAUAUUUUGUUCACACGAUUCAGAGAAGGCCAAUUUAAUACUUCGUUCCUCGCUUUGUUUUAGAGGGGAAAAAGAUAGAUCACCUGGUGCAAGAAAAUGAGAGAGGUCGAAAAUUGGCCAAUCAGAUAGUUCGGCAAGUAUUCCGACCGCGUGGAAACAAGGAGGAGAAACUUGCGUUUGGCCAAAGAGUGAGUAUUUUUCAGGCCCACAUUCACGUGUGAAUUAAACAGGAAGUUUCCCUACCAUAUACUAUGGAUCCUGCUCUAUCAGGAUACAACUUUUUAACAUUUUUAAUUUGCAUUUUAACCUUUUCCCUUGAACAAAAAUUUUAAUGUACGAUUGAGAAAAAAUCACUCAAGAAAUGUUGUGCUGCAAUUUCCUUCUACCCUUGAAGAAAAACGAACAGUUUUGUAGUGACUUAAAUAAGCUGAUCUCAAAUGCUGCUCCGGAAAGUACAAAAAGUCAGCAAAAUAUGCUGCGAUACGGAAAUGAAUGGGAGGGUUGUAAAUUGAAUAAAACCUCUUCUGGCUUGCUGGUAUGUCGGCUGAUAAUGUCCCUGGUUGAGAGAUUAUCUUUAAGUUUUUAAAUUUCUCCUUGAGGCUUCGGUUCUUGGCCAAAUAUUCAUUUUUUGGACAAUGUCUCAGCCGCAGACAUUUUCAGGUGACAUAGCAGUCGCCAAAAGGGGGUCCUUCAGUAUACUGAGGUUUUACUCGAUUGUUAUUUAAAGGCGUGGUAUGAUUCGCCGGGAAUUGCUGUCGAUGGCUGUCUCCUAACUUACGUGGGACCAGAUUUCUGCGAUACAUGCAAAAGUGGAGAUCCUAAGAAAAUUCACAGUGCCAAGUUCAAGUCUCCCUUUACACCUGAGAAACCACGAUUUGAGGUGCGGUUUUGACCUAUAGAGAAUUAUUUUCAAACAAAAAAUUUAAUUUAUAUACUUCUUGCUUCAUGAUAGACUCUUUGAAGAUGCAACAUAAUUACAUCGCCUUUUUACCCUCUUCCCUUUCAUAACCUCUCUCUUGUAGGCGCUCGUAUUCUUUUCUAUUUUGGAGCACUACAGACACUCAUCUUUUUACGAAUGAACCUAACGGUGCCUCCAUAAUAAAAAGACCAGACCGGUUCCAGAAAUAAACUUUUUAUGUUCCUCUUGUGGUAUCCUAUUUUCACCUUCGCUUUCAUGGUAACGUGUCAACAUGGAUCUCGUUUGGGCACUUAAGAAUAAGUCUCUGUAAGAAUCAAACAUCUUGGGAAAUGAAAAUUUUCAACCCCCCUUCAAAUUUUGCAUGCAGUUAGGCACUCAGGGGGAUGCACAAAAAUGCCCUUUUUAAAGGUCGCAGCACUCUUGUUGCCAUGGUAACAACGGCUGCUUGUUCCAGGCCUGGGGCCUCAUUUUCAUAAAAAACGUCAAAAAAAAAAGAGUGAAAUGUUUAUUUCUUUCUCUCAAGCUAAAUACAACAUUACAAAUUGGCACUUAUACCAUAUAUAGUAACAUCAUUCGUCUCCACUUUGAUACAUUCAAUUUUACCUGGGAGUGAAUGUGAACACACCAAUAGAUUAUUUAUCUCGGUACAGUUUCGGUCAUUUUUGUUGUCGGGUAAAAACAGGAAAACGUUUAUCUGAAUUUCUCCAAAAGUACCCCGAUUCUGGAACUGAAACUACCCAUCUAGCUGGUUAUAAUAUUCAAUUUUUUUAAAUAUUUAAAAAUCUCUGCGGGCCUGCCUCUACUUUUUAUAGGGGCAAUUCGCGAAAAGAACUCAAAAUCAGAUAUUGCAUAAUUUGGCGAUGUUUACAUCUAAUGUUCUCAACAACAAACAUUUCAGACAAAUGAAACGUGCGAGGCUUUGAAAGAAUGUUAUCUUAUGAGAAAUAUCCCGAAGAGAAAUCUAACCUCUGGUUGUCAUCUUUUAAAAAACAAUUGAUCAACCUUCAUGGAGGACAACUCGACGUAACUACAAACAUAUACCUCAAAUCGUGUGGAUAUCAUCCAGAUUCCGGGUGCUGCGCCUUCUUUCAUGGGAAUUUGAGGAAUCCGAAAUCCUCUGAAGAUACACUAUUAUACUUGUAUGUCAUUUGAAACAUGUUGAAGUCGGCUGAUCUACACGAAACUAUCCUCACACCGGUCAUUUGUCAUCAACAUGUACGUUAUCACGAUGGCGUGACGCUGUAUUUCUUCGUGAAGUUUCCAUCGGUCGCUCCAAAAAAGACGAGAAAUGGAUAUUUUUUUCAUAUAUGUCAGUAGGUUUACGCUUUCUGAAGUAAAAACAACCCAAAACAAUAAAAAAAGAGGAAACUUCGAUUGAAAGCUCGUAAACACUGAUAAUCUGAGAGUAUAAAUCGUAACUUGUCAGCAGCAGUAACUCAUGUAAAACCCAGUUGCAACAAUAGCAAUUUGAACGACAUAGACAUCUCCUACAAAGAGCAGAUUCGGGCAGUUAUCAUUUCCUUGUGACAGAAACUAAGAUAUUUCGAAUCACCUGAAAACUGUCAGAAACUGUUAGAAAAUUUGCGUAAGAUAUGAUGAGGAGAGACUUAUCACCGCCGUGGUGCAAUCGAGUCAAUCAAUGUUUCCUUCCAUGUCUUGAUAAAGAAAAACUCAUAACAAUGUUCGAAAUAAAAGAUUUAAUGAAAUCAUAAUGUCAUAAUUCCACCUUUCAAACAACUUAUUAUCCACACGUAAACCGCAACUUGUCACUUGAAUGAAACUCCCCAUCGUUAAUAUGUAAUCUGGAUUGCUUCAUGUCCUUCAGGAAAAAGAACAGCGAUUUCAUCACCAUUAAUUUCCAUACUUUUCUCCCGGAUAUCUUUUACAAGCUUAAAGAAAGAUGAAUAUAACGCAAUCUCCCGGUGAUUUACACGAGAGGAAGUCAAAGGUCUCUUUAAUUUUCCCCUGAGGUGGCCGACUCACCAGGAAGAAAAAGGAGAUCGUUCGGUCCAAAUAUGUUGGUCUGUAGAGAUUAACAAGCUAAUAACUGAGAAGAUUGUGCCCUUUGGUUCAUCAGUGACAGCAUUAAUUAUUUCAAAUCUGUAUUUCUCGGUCCAAGCGACACCAAAAAUAGUUCCUUUGUAAUUUUGUAAGCACUUUCUAUAGCAUUUUAUUGUCAAGGGAAAUAAAUCUAAAGGCUCAAAGCCAAUAUAACGUUCGAGCACGUGAAAGACUCCCUGAAAAAAGCUAAAUUUUUGGAAAUUUAUUGUGAUGAAAUCCCUGUUCCGUUUGCAGUACUGCAGGGAUACUGAGUAGUUCAAAAUCUCCACUUUGUGAUGAUUUUCGCGCGAGACGCAAAAAUUGCUAUUGUGGCGACUGGGUUUUACAUGAAUUACUGCCGCUGACAAGUUGCGAUUUCUGCUCUCAGAUUCUCAGUGUUAACAAGCGUUCAAUCGAAGUUUUCUUCUUUUUUUUUUUUGGUUGUUUCUAUUUAGAAUGCGCGGAAAUCUGCUGAUAUAUCGAAAAAUGUCCAUUUCUCGUCUUUUUUGGAGCGACCGAUGGAGACUUCAUGGAGAAAUACAGCGUCACGCUAACGUGACAACAUACAUGUUUAUGACAAAUGACCGGUGUGAGGAUUCGUGUAGAUCAGCCGACUUCAGCAUGUUUUAAAUGACAUACAAGUAUAACAGUGUAUCUUCAGAGGACUUCGGAUCGCUAAAAUUCCCAUGAAAGAGGGUGCAGCACUCGGAAUCUGGAUGAUAUCCACACGAUUUGAGGUAAUUGUUUGUAGUUACGUCGAGUAGUCCUCCAUGAAGGUUGAUCAAUUGUUUUUUAAAAGAUGACAACCAGAGGCGAGAUUUCUCCUCGGGAUAUUGCUCAUAAGAUAACAUUCUUUGAAAUCCUUGCAUAUUUCAUUUGUCUGAAACGUUUGUUGUUGAGAACAUUAGAUGUAAACAUCGCCAAAUUAUGCAAUAUCUGAUUUUUGAGCUUCGUUCGCGAAUUGUCCCUAUAAAAAGUAGAGGCAGACCCGCAGAGAUUUUUACAUAUUUAUAAACUAGAAUAUUAUAACCAGCUAGAUGGGUAGUUUCAGUUCCAGAAUCGGGGUACUUUUGGAGAAAUUCAGAUAAACGUUUUCCCUGUUUUACCCGACAACAAAAAUGACCGAAACUGUACCGAGAUGAAUAAUCUACUGGUGUGUUCACAUUCACUCCCAGGGAAAAUUGAAUAAAUCAAUGUGAAGACGAAUGAUGUUACUAUGUAUGGUAGAAGUGCCAAUUUGUAAUGUUGCAUUUAGCUUGAGAGAGAGAAAUAAUCAUUUCACUCUUUUUAUGCGACGUUUUUGUGAGAAAAUGAGGCCCCAGGCCUGGAACAAGCAGCCGUUGUUACCAUGGCAAUAAGAGUGCUGCGACCUUUAAAAAGGGCAUUUUUGUGCAUCCCUUGAGUGCCUAGCUGCAUGCAAAAUUUGAAGGGGGGUUGAAAAUUUUCAUUUCCCAAGAUGUUUGAUUCUUACAGAGACUUGUUCUUAAUCCUGUAACACCUAAGAGUGACUGACAUGUAAUUUCUCCACACAUUAUCAUCCCUGAGUCAAACAUUAGGGUCACAAGGAUAUCGUAAAUUAUCACCAACUCAAAAAGCUCUUCAUUGUUUAAAUAAUUCUUCCUUGUCGGCACAAUUGUAUAGUGAACAGCAUGGAAAAUAUUCAUAAUUAUGUUAGGGUAUGAAAGAUUAAGUCAAGUUAUACGAACUUUGAUGGCCACCUUUGAAUAGCGCGAUGGUGCUAUCAUUCAGACGAAAUUCCUUUUUGGAUCAAUCGUUUACAUUUAUAUUACUAUUAUUAUUAUUAUUAUUUAUAUUAGUGCUAUUUCUUUGUAAUCAUCAUCAUUAUUGCAGUUGUUAUCAUAGCUGCUUUUGUUAAUUGUUUCGGAUGUUGAUUGUUUAUAUUGUGGCUAACACCGUCUUUAUCAUCGUUAUUAUUUUUUUUUGGUCAAAGUAACUAGUAUUUCCUCGGUCUCAUGAGAAAAAAAACUCAUUUGCAUACUGAAACAAAAAUUAAAAGCGUGGAACUUACGGUAACCGUAACAACAGAGUCUAAAAAAUGAAAGUCCGUCAUUGUUUUGCAGGUACUUAUCCAGGAGACUGGGGAAAGGCGUAUUGCGGCUCUGGGUGCUGUGCAUGAGUCGUACGACUGUCAUAAAAUGCCUGGCUGGGAUAGUGGAACAGUCGGUUACCAUAUAGACGAUGGCAAAAUAUUUGAAACUGGCUUCCAUGAGCUGGGAAGAAAAGUCGAAGGUAUGGGUUACUUUGACGGUAGGUGUACGAUAUCUGCCACAAGAAUCUGUUGGCGCUUGGAAACGUAAUCAAAGUCUUACCGUCCUUCUGAUGGCGACCUUGCGACAGUAGGUUUCUGUUUUUCAAAAGAAAAAGAUUCAGAAAUUUUAGUUUGUAAAUGUUAUAGAGAUCACUUUAAAAUUGUCAUAGACUCCUCGAGACGAUUAUUCUGAUGUGCAUGAGGUAAAUGGGAAAUGUAUUGUAGUUGUGUGACCAAGAUAGAAUGUUGAACGAAGUUGCUUUAAAAUCCAUGUGCCUGGAGUGUGAAACUGAAAAAACCCUGAAUCCUUCGAUCGUGGGGGGUUCUAACCCUCACCUUCUGCUUGCCGAUCAAAUGGUCUACAGAGAGCGCAUUAGAGACCAAAGAAUAACGAGAUUCAUAUCAACAAAUGCUUGACGCUGCUAGGAUCAUUUAUAUCGUCAACACUCCUUGUAUAAAUGCAGUAAAGGAGAUUAAACUUUUUUUCGAAUGAACGAAGAGGUAGGUCAUUAAACAAGACCGAACAACAAGGAAAAAAAGUCCAAUUUCACACCCGGGUUUUACACGGUUGGUUGCCUCAUGUUUAGUUUAUUUUGUUAUCUUUUCUCUAUGUAAUAAUGUUUCUGUUGAUAACUUAGGAGCCAUGGCUUACCACGGCGAUCUCAUCGCCUGUGAAGUUGAUUUUAGGGGAGUUUCCGAGGGGAAAGUCUCUGUGUUGUUCUCCUUGAACGGUAGAGAAGUAGCGCGUUCUUCAGUGGAGUAUACCGAGGGAAAUGAACUAUUUCCCUUCGUUUCAUUGGGAUUUGAAGGCAUUACAGUGCUCACCAAGGUAUGUUCAAGUUUGUGUAAUUUUAAUGUUUGCGAACAUUUACAAACUAUCCAACCUUUUUACCAAAAGGCUGUGCCCUGAUUGCUUUAAGGCAAGAACAGGUAAAGAGCGCGUCGAUCUCAUCUAACUUUAUUUCAAGCACAUCUGUAUUCCACAAUUGUGGAAUACAGUUGACAACUUUGAUCAUCGCUGUCCUAAAUUUUUUUCUUAUUGAUUUUUAAAUUUGAGACGUUUGAUUUUUGCACGUUUUAGAUGUGCCAUCCCGACAGAGACCAUUUUAGUAGAGUAACAAAUGAAGACCUUCAGAAGGAAAUUGGAGAUCUGAGACGUGAUUUUCGGGAUCAACUUGACAAGCAAAGGAGGAUGUUGUCAGAAAUGAGAGAUUUAGUACUGCGUUUGAAGGAAGUAAAGGAUAAAGAUUAG